AUGACAGUCCGUCAUGAAACGAGCCGCAGGAGCACCAGUGACUCUUCAGCAUUUGUGAAUAUCAGCUUAUCCGAUCCCGCGGUCCUGAAGGUCCCACCGAUCAUCGAUCCGAAUGCCUCAUCGGUGAUAUUUCCAAUCGUGCCUGGGAUUGACAUGACUCAUCUCGCUCCAAUCUUUUCUACUGCGGAUGGGGUUGUUGUCUCGCCACCAUCGGGUACUGUUGUGGACUUGCAGGCUGGCGCAGAAUAUGUGCUAAGCAGCAACGACGUUUCGACGGCAACUUGGAGCUUCAGGGCGGUAGAGAUGCGAAGUCCUGUCCUUCCGGGGUUCUACGCAGACCCGAAUAUUGCGAUCUUCGGCGAUACAUAUUACAUUUAUGCGACAACAGACGGGUUUCCUGGAUGGGGUGGCAACGUCUUUUAUGUCUGGAAGUCACCGGACCUGGUCUCCUGGACCAGAAGCAAAGAGCCCAUCUUGACAUUGGAUGGGGCAAAAGGAACAGUUCCUUGGGCCACCGGCAAUGCGUGGGCGCCGACGAUCACCAGCCGUGACGGGAAAUACUACUUCUACUUCAGUGGAAACAACCCGUCCUACGACCGAAAGACAAUCGGUGCUGCUGUCGCGGACUCGCCUGAGGGCCCCUUCGUUGCGCAACCAACUGCAAUGAUCCUCAAUAACGAGGCCCUCACCACAAAUCAAGCCAUUGACCCGGACGCAUUCUUGGACCCUGUGACCGGGAAAUACUACAUCCUCUGGGGCAAUGGGAAGCCGCUCAUCGCGGAGCUCAACGACGACAUGGUCUCGAUCAACCAGAAUACAAUCGCUGCAAUCACCGGUCUGACGGACUUUCGUGAAGGGAUAUUCAUAGUCUAUCGCAAAGGUCUCUAUCACAUCACGUAUUCUAUCGAUGACACCGGCUCGGAGAAUUACCGCGUUGGCUACGCAACAUCAACUUCGGUGCAUGGGCCGUGGACCUACCGCGGUGUUGUUCUACAAAAGAACGUUAAGUACGGUAUCCUUGCGACCGGCCAUGACUCGAUGGUCAACGUGCCUGGCACGGAUCACUGGUACAUGGCGUAUCACCGUUUCGGAAUUCCCAAUGGGGAUGGGACUCACCGUGAAACGACAAUUGAUCGUUGCCACUUUGAUGCGGAUGGUUUUAUGCGACCUAUUGUGCCGACACUGACAAGUGUUGGGCCGGAACUUAUCCGCAGACGUUCAAAUGAAUUCUCAACCUAUGAUUGA